UCGGCAUACGUCAAAACGAGAUGUGAAAAAAGAAUAAAUAUUCGGAAGAAAUUUCUAAUGGUUUUUAAUCGAAAUAAAUUGUCCACAUCUGAUUUUAAAUGCAUUCUUCAUUCAAGUUAUAAUGAGAAUACGAUUGUAAACAUAUUUUGAAUUACAAACGGAAUCCGUAUUAAUAUCGCACCUAUAUUUGGAGGGAAACUUUUUUCUCUGAGUUUUGACAUUUCGUUGUGCAAAUUCAAUACAAAAAAAAGUCAGUGACUAAACACAACGCAUUAAAAUCGUGCUUUUUUAACAGGAUUUUCAUAAAAGCCACACAAUCCAUUUGAAAAUAAAUUGCAGUUUCUAGUGCGUUGAUAAAGAAAUAUUGGUAAAGAAAUUUUUUUAACAUGGCUGAUUCAACGGAAGAAAUUGUUCCCGCCGGUUGGGAGAAAAGGACCAGUCGCAGUACCGGAUUGCCAUACUACUUGAAUGUCUAUACUAAAGAAUCACAAUGGGAAUUACCUUCAUCACCCGCUGAUGGUGAUUCGUCCAAAGAUCUAAGCCAAGUUCAAUGCGCUCAUUUAUUGGUCAAACAUAAAAAUAGCCGUCGCCCGAGCUCAUGGCGUGAAGACAACAUUACACGAACCAAAGAAGAGGCACGUGCCAUUCUGACUGGCUACUAUGAAAAGAUCAAGUCUGGUGAGACAACUUUGGCUGACUUGGCACUAAAAUACUCGGACUGUAGUUCAGCAAAGCGUGGUGGUGACCUGGGGCCCUUUUCUCGUGGACAAAUGCAAAAGGCAUUCGAAGAUGUUGCAUUCAGCUUGAAAAUUGGAGAAAUUUCUGAAAUUACGGAAACCGAUUCUGGAUUGCAUAUCAUCGAGCGAAUCAAAUAAAUUUACAUGCAUUUACGCAAUCACAUACUUUUAUUAGCGAUUUUCGCAUUUUGAAACAAAUAAAAUAAAUACACAUUACUUUUCAUUCAAAA